UUGGCAUUGCAUUAUUGUUUCUGCUUCUUACCAACAAUCAUGGCAGAAUCACUCCUUACUGCUGCCACAGAAUCACUGAUAGGAAAGCUAGCGUCUGGUGUUGUUAAAGAAGCUUCUCUCAUGGUGGGUGUGCACCAUGAUCUACAACAAAUGAAAGAGACUAUGGUACUUAUCAAAGCUUUUCUGUUAGAUGCCGAGCAAAAGAAGCCACACAACAAUGCGCUGAGAGAGUGGCUGAAACAGAUCAAGCGCGUCAUCUCUGACGCUGACAACAUAGUUGACGAUUUUGAGUGCGAAGCGUUGCGGAGGCAUGUCGUCAAAACCUACGGUAGCUUCACAAGGAAGGUAUGCCGUUUCUUCUCAACUAGUAAUCAUCUCAUUUAUCGUUUUAGAAUGGCACAUGAGAUAAAAGACAUCAAGGAGAGGUUGAACAAGGUUGCAGUUGAUGGCCACAUGUUUGGCCUUCAAAUGAUUCACAAUGAUACACGUGUCGUUCACGUGAGGGAAAUGACUCAUUCCCAUCUAGACCCUUCAAAUGUUAUAGGGAGGGAACAUGAUAAACAAAAAAUAAUAAAGCUUCUGCGGCAAGAUGGUCAUGACAAACGUCUCUCUGUUAUUCCUAUUGUGGGAAUGGGAGGCUUGGGAAAGACCACGCUUGCAAAGUUGGUGUUCAAUGAUACCACCAUUGAUGAAUGUUUUCCGUUGAAGAUAUGGGUGUGUGUCUCUAAUGAUUUUGAACUUCGGAAUGUGCUUAUUAAAAUCCUUAAUUCUGCUCCUAAUCCUACUGAGAAAAAGUUUGAAAACUUUGAAAUGGAGCAACUUCAAAAUCAUUUGAGAAAAACACUCCAACAUCAAAAGUUCUUGCUCGUCUUAGAUGACGUGUGGAAUGAGAAUCGCACUAAAUGGGAUGAGUUGAAAGAAAUAAUAGAUGUAGGUGUUGAAGGGAGUAAAAUCCUCGUGACUACUCGAAGCCAUUUAACAGCUGCUAUGAUGCGCACCAAACCCUCUAACUCUUACCUCCUGGAUCGUCUUUCUGAAGAGGAUUCCUUCUCUCUAUUUGUUAAUUUGGCUUUUGAAAAAGGAGAAGAGAAAAAAUAUCCACAAUUGUUAGAAAUUGGGAAAGAAAUAGUGCGAAAAUGUGAAGGGGUACCAUUGGCAGUGAGAACAUUAGGUAGUUCACUAAUCUCAAGAGUUGACAGAAAAGAGUGGGAGUCUAUAAGGGACAAUAAGAUUUGGAAUUUUCCACAACAAGAAAAAGAUAUUUUGCCCGCUCUUGAAAUAAGUUACGAUCGGCUGCCUUCAUAUUUAAAACCAUGCUUUGCUUCCUUCUCUAUUUUCCCUGAGGCCCAAUCGAUUGUUACUAUUCAUUGUGUUAAUAUGUGGCAGGCACUUGAUCUUGUUCCACCUCCUAAGGAAAGACAAACAAUAAAUGAUGUUGUCAAUCAAUUUUUGCGUGAGCUACUGUUAAGAUCUUUUCUUUCAGAUUUUGUUGAUUUGGGCACAGUUUACGAAUUUAAAUUACAUGAUUUAGUGCGUGAUCUUGCACUAUAUGUUGCGAAAGGCGAAUUUCAAAUAAUAAAUCGCAGUAGUCCCAAAAUAGAUGAGCAUGUUCAACAUUUGCGAUUCACAGACAAUAAUUUGCUUGACCAAGAUCUCGUUCCUACAGGCCUGAAACUUUCAAUUUUUCCCAUGAAAGCCACCAAUGAAGCUUUCUUGAAUACAUUGGUGUCAAGGUGCAAAUACUUGAGGUUUUUAGAAUUGAGUUUUUCUGAAUACAAGAGUUUGCCGAGUUCCAUUGGAAAGUUAAAACAUUUAAGAUAUCUCUGUUUGGGACGUAAUGAAAAACUUAAGGAACUCCCUAAUGCAGUUUGCAAUCUCCAAUGUUUGAAAACUUUUAACUUCGAAGGGUGCAUAAAGCUACAAGAAGUUCCCACAGGAAUAAGAAAGCUAAUCAGCCUUCGUCAGCUGUAUAUAACCACAAGGCAACCUGAUUUUCCUGAAAAUGAGAUUGCAAAUUUGACUUCUUUAGAAGAUCUAAGAUUCUUUGCUUGUGAUAAAUUGGAGUCGUUUUCCGAAGGGAUAAAACUUUCUAGUCUUAAAACUUUGGGUAUUUGUGACUGUAGGAAUCUAAAGUCAUUGUCAUUUCAUGUCGUUACAAACUUAGAAGUUUUUGGUAUCGCCAAUUGUGGAAAAUUAGAUUUGUCAAUGGGCCUGGACAAUCAAAUUCCGAGUUCAUGUUUAAAUUUAGUUAAUCUUAUAAAUUUACCACAACUGGUCACUUUUCCUCGGUGGUUGCAAGGAUCUAUGAAUACACUACAUUGUUUGGAAAUUAUUGAUUGCGAGAAUCUCAUGGAGCUUCCUGAGUGGAUUUCAACUCUAAUUUGUCUCAAGAUAAUUCGUAUUAGUAAUUGUCCAAAGUUGCUCUCAUUCCCUGAUAACAUGCAGCACGUCACAAGCCUUGAACAUUUAGAAAUUAAAGAUUGUCCUGAGUUGGGUAAAAGAUGUCUGCGACAAGAUUGGUACAAAAUAUCCCACAUAAAAAAAGUUAUCAUCCAUGAACCCGAAGAGUAAAAGGAAUUCUGGGAUAACGGUCAUCAAAAAGUGAAGGUGAUGCUAACAUUGAUAAUGAAGAGUUAAAUCUAAGGACAGAUCCUUCUAAAGAAGGAGGGUAUGAUGGAGGACCAUCCAUAGAGAGCUUACACUUGAAGACCAUUGGACCUUUAACUAGGUCCAUGGUUAGGAGGCUAAAUGGCUUUCUACAAAGGAGGUGUUUCUUAGACCUAUGCUCUAUAUGAGCAUUGAGUAUGAUUCUCUUUUUGGUCUCAUAGUCUUUAUUACAUACCUUGUAUAGUUUGAGUUCUUUACCUUGUAUAUAGUAGAUACUAUUGUAUAGGCUCAUUUUUACCUUUGUAUUUGUAAGGCACCUUUAUCUUUCUUUGUAGGUUAUACCCUUAGGAUUUUAGAGUAUGUUGUUUGGAGACUUUUACUUUAUUUGACUAUGUAUUAAUUAAGGGUCAUAGAUUUUCAUAUUUUUAGUUUUAAUAGUGGGCUAGCAAGUAGUAAAUGUGUAGGUGAAGCUAGAAAUUGAGCCUUUAGUGAGCCUAGGCCAAAUUUUACAUAUUAGGCUUGUUUUACUCCAUUUAAUUGAAAGAAUUAAUUUAGCUAGGUCUCACCAUCAUUUGGUGAACCUAACUAAAUCAAUUCCAAGAUUUUUGGAUUGGAUUAGAUGAAAGAAAACAAGCAUGGCUGCCUAUCUCCUCUUUGGCCGAGUUUCUCGUUAGCUUCUCCAACACUUUUGUCUCUUGGCUUGCCAAGAGAACAAGGUGAAAAUUGGCACUCUAUAAUUGACUCUUCUAGAUCUACGUGUCCCCUCCUUGUAUCCUAAGAGACAAGGUGAAACUUGACACUUUGAUUGGCUAAUCUAGAUCUAAGUGUCCCUACCUUGUUUAGCUUGCACUACAA